UGGCAACUUUCUAGAUAACUAUAUAAGUUAAAUGUUUUAAUUUCAGAAUUCUUAAAUAAACAUUAAAUAAUAAUAAUUUAAAAAAUAUUUAAAAAUGAAGAUUAGAGAAUCUAUAUUAUAUUAUAAGAAUAAUACGUUUUUUAAAAGUGUCAUUCGAUAUGCUUCGACUGGUAUAAAUAAAUUUUCGAGUAUAGAAGUCACAGAUGUAAUAAAAAAGGAAUAGAAAUAUAUUGGAAAGACAAAAUUAAUUUAAAUAAAAAUUAUGAUGAUACAAAUAAUAAAAAAAAAAUUUUAUAUUUUAUCAAUGUUUCCAUAUCCUUCUGGAAUGCUUCAUAUGGGUCAUGUAAGAGUUUAUACGAUAAGUGAUACUAUUGCUCAUUUUUAUAGAAUGAAAGGAUAUAAUGUUCUUCAUCCAAUUGGUUGGGAUGCAUUUGGAUUACCUGCUGAAAAUGCUGCUAUUGAAAAACAAAUUAAUCCAAUUGUAUGGACAUAUAACAAUAUUAAACACAUGAGAAAUCAAUUAAAAUCAUUAAAUUAUUCUUUUGAUUGGGAUAGAGAAAUUACUACGUGUGAUCCUGAAUAUUAUAAAUUUACGCAAGAAUUAUUUUUAAAACUUUUUGAAAAAGGUUUGGUUUAGAAGGAAUCAUUUGUUAAUUGGGAUCCUAUUGAUGAAACUGUAUUAGCAGAAGAACAAGUUGAUGCUAAUAAUUGCUCUUGGAGAUCAGGUGUUAAAAUAGAAAAAAGAUUAUUAAAUCAAUGGUUUAUUAGGACUACAUCAUUUGCUAAGUCAUUGUUUGAAGGUUUAAGUGAUCCAAAAUUAAUAGAAUGGAGAGAUAUUAAAACAAUUCAAAAAAAUUGGAUUGGUAAAUGUAAUGGUAUUAGUUUUGAAUUACAAUUGAUAGGAAAUAUUCCAAAUUAUCCAAAAACAAUAAAUGUUUGGACUAAUUAUCCAGAAUUUAUUGAAUAUGCAAAAUUUGUUGCAAUAUCUCCACGCAGUAUAUUAAAUAGAUCAGAAUACUGUACAGAUGUGACAGAAGGAAUUAAAAUUAUGAAUAUCAAAGUAGUAAAUCCAUUCAAUGGAAAUGAAUUACCAAUAUUCGUAACAGAUAAAGUAAUAUUUCCAAAUUUUAGAGAUACUUAUAUUGGUAUACCCUCUGCUUCAAUGGAUGAUUUUCAAUUUUCUGAAAUAGUUGGAAUUGAAUUUCAACGACAUUCAAUAAAAUGUGAAAGAUCAGAUAUAUUAUCCAAAGCACAAAAGUGGAAAAUUGGUGGAUAUCCUGUUAGUUCAAGAUUGCAAGAUUGGUUAAUAUCUAGACAAAGAUAUUGGGGUACACCAAUACCAAUUAUUUAUUGUUCAAAUUGUGGUAUUCAACCAGUACCUUAUAAUGAACUUCCUGUACUUUUACCAAGUAUAACAUUUUCAUAAAACAUCUUCAAUAAAAAAAUUAUAUUACAUGAAAUUAAGGAUUGGUUAAAUACUUCUUGUCCUAAAUGUGGAAUUCAAGCAACUAGAGAAUCAGAUACAAUGGACACAUUUGUAGAUAGUUCAUGGUAUUAUUUGAGAUAUAUUGAUUCAAAAAAUAUGAAUGAAAUGUUUGCCGUUGAUAAAGUAAAAGAAAUAUUUCCUGUUAAUCUAUAUGUGGGUGGAAAAGAACAUGCUGUAUUGCAUUUAUAUUAUGCUAGAUUUAUAAGUCAUUUCUUACAUUCAGAAGGACUUUUACCUAGUCGAGAACCAUUUCAACGAUUACUUGUUCAGGGUAUGGUACUAGGAAAAACGUAUCAAGUAAAAAGUACAAAAAAAUAUUUAAAAGCAGAUGAAGUAGAAGAAAAUAAGGGACAAUAUGUAGAAAAGAAUACUAAAGAACCAGUCACUGUUUCAUGGGAAAAAAUGUCUAAAUCAAAGCAUAAUGGCAUUGAUCCUCUUAAAUUUAUAGAUAAAUAUGGAAUCGAUACGACGAGGCUAUUUAUAUUAGCUGAUCAAGCACCAAUCUCGGAUAAGUAUUGCAAUGAUAAUACCAUGCCAGGAAUAUUAAAUUGGCAAAAUCGCUUAUGGAAGACAGUAAAAACUUUUAUAGAUUAUCGUAAUAGAGUAAGUUUAAAGCAAUUUCAGGCAGAACCUGUUGAUCCUAAAUUUAUAGAACAUGAUGCAUAUAUGUUUGAUAGCCGAAAUUAUUUCUUAAAAAGUGUAACUUUUAAUAUAAUUGAAACUCAACAAUUAAGUAUUGCAAUAUCAAGAAUGCAAGGACUUACAAAUAGUUUGCGUAAGGUAUCUGUGGAAUGUAUGAAAAAAAGUCGCGAAUAUGAACGUGCAUUAGCAGUUCAAAUUAUAAUGCUUGCACCAUUUGCACCACAUUUCGCUUCAGAAUUAUGGUCAGCAUUUUCUGCGGCAAAAUAUCAUCUUAUAAAUGAAGAUGAAAUAAAAUUAGAUAGAGAUGUUCUAGAACAAAAAUGGCCAGAAAUAGAUAUGAAUUAUAAAAUGAAAUUAUCAGUCAAGAUAAAUGGUGUAUUGUAUACAACAAUUAAAAUAUUCAAAUAUGAAAUAGAUAAAUUAUCACUUGAGUCAGCUCUUAACUUAAUAGAGAAUGAUCCUCUUGUCCAGAAACAUUUAAAGAAUCAUAAGAUUCUUGAAUCUAAACUUCUUGUAAAGGAAGUCUGUGAUCCAGAAAUAUUAAUUUUAACAAAAAAAUGUGCAGAGAUAGUAACAGCAUAAUAAUAAUAUAAUUUUUUAUUAAAU